UUAAAGAAUGCUGAUGAGUACACAGAUCUGCCUGUGAGACACAAUGAAGAUCAGUUGAACAGUGAACUGGCAAAACAUCUUCCAAUUGAAGUCAAUCCGCAUUCAUUUGACAGUUCACACACAAAAACACACCUCCUGCUGCAAGCCCACUUCAGUCAUGCCAUGCUGCCUUGCCCAGACUAUGCAACCGAUACAAAGACAGUGCUGGACCAAGCCAUUAGGAUAUGUCAGGCAAUGCUGGAUGUUGCAGCACAUCAUGGCUGGCUGGUGACUGCUCUGAAUAUAACCAAUCUGGUGCAGAUGGUGGUUCAGGGGAGAUGGAUACAUGACUCUUCCCUGCUUACUUUGCCCAAUAUAGAGCUACAACACCUUUACCUUUUUCGGUAUUGUCUUCCUGAACUAAUGGCUGCCUGCGAAGGAAAAGAGAAUGUUUUUGCUUCCAUUGUGGACAGUGAGUUGCAAUCAGCACACGUUUCACAGGCCUGGAAUUUCUUGUGCCGUUUGCCAAUUCUGAACGUCAGCCUGAGCAUUAAGGGCUGUUGGGAUGACCCAGUUCAGCCGCAGAACGAAGUGCCUGUUCCUCUUUUGACAACGGACACGCGAGAUGACAAAAGAUGGAUCAGAUUACAUGCUGAUCAAGAGUAUGUGCUCCAAAUAAAUCUGCAGAGAACCCAGAUGGGGUAUCAGGGAAAGCAAGACAGUAAAGCAGUGGCUCCGCGAUUCCCCAAAGUUAAAGAUGAAGGCUGGUUUUUGAUAUUGGGAGAAGUCGAUAAAAAAGAACUCAUCGCCCUGAAAAGAACUGGAUAUGUCAGAAAUCGAAAUACUGUUUCUGUUGCUUUUUAUACUCCAGAAACUCCUGGAAAGUGUAUCUACACAUUGUAUCUCAUGAGUGACAGUUACCUUGGCAUGGACCAACAGUACGAUAUUUACCUGAACAUCAUACCAGCCAGCACUUCAGCACAAGUCACAACAGAGGUGUCUGAUGCU